GGGGACCCGGCGCAGGUGGAGGGAAGCCGGAGUAAUGGUUCUAGGGGAAGUGGACGCUGGAGGGGGUACGGGACGGGAAGCCUAGGUUGGGGAGGGCUCAAGCUCGGCACGGCUGGGUGGCCCUGGAGGCCACGGCAGGGCUGGGGUGUCCGGACGAGAACUGGAGAGGAUGUUCCCGGAUCCUGUCCUGGCCGGCGGGAACGCACCCACCUCCCUGGCACCCAUACCUAGCCAGAACGGGGAUUUCCCCCGCCCCUCCCGCUGGCCUUCGGAGGAAAGUGAAAGUGAAAGGCGGGAAGAGGCGGCUUCCGGGCUGAGGAGAUCGCAGCGCCAUGAAGCCCCUGUCUCUGCUCCUCACCGUGGCUUUGGACCUGGUCGCCGCCGUGUCCGCGGGCCCCGCGGUGAUCGAGUGCUGGUUUGUGGAGGAUGCCAGCGGAAGCAACCUGGCCAAGAGACCUGCUGCACUGCUGCUGCGCCAGGGACCCGGGGGACCGCCGCCCCGGCUGGACCUCGACCCUAAGCUCUACCUCCGUGUGCACGACCCUGCUGGCGCCCUCCAGGAUGCCCUCAGGCGGUACCCCCGGGGCGCCCCCGCGCCGCACUGCGAGCUGAGCCGUUUCGUCCCGCUCCCCGCCUCUGCGAACUGGGCCAGCGGCCUGACCCCGGAGCAGAGCUGCCCGCGGGCCCUGGACGGGGCUUGGCUGAUGGUCAGCAUGUCCAGCUCUGUUCUCAGCCUCUCCAGCCUCUUGCGACCACAGCCAGAGCAUCGGCAGGAGCCUGUUCCCAUCACCGAGGCAACAGUGGUGCUGACUGUCCUCACUCACACCCCUGCCCCUCGAGUAAGGCUGGGACAAGAUGCUAUGCUGGACCUGAGCUUUGCCUACAUGCCUCCCAGCCCCAAGGCUGCCUCAUCUCUGGCCUCAGGUCCCCCUCCCUUUGGGCUGGAGUGGCGACGCCAGCACCUGGGUAAGGGGCAUCUGCUCCUGGCUGCAACUCCAGGACUGGAUGAGCAGAUACCAGUAGCCCGAGAAGGUGCAGUGGCAUUUGCAACUUGGAAUGAUGAUGAGCCAUGGGGCCCAUGGACCGGGAAUGGGACCUUCUGGCUGCCUGCAGUACAGCCCUUCCAGGAGGGCACCUAUCUGGCCACCGUACACCUGCCAUACCUGCAAGGACAGGUCACCCUGGAGCUUGCUGUGUACAAGCCCCCCAAAGUGUCCUUGAUGCCAGCACCCCUUGUGUGGGCUGCCCCAGGGGAGGCUCCCCCGGAGUUGCUUUGCCGUGUGUCCCGCUUCUACCCUUCCGACGGCCUGGAGGUGGAGUGGGAGCUCCGGGGCGGCCCAGAGGGUGGCUCUCGGAAGGCUGGGGGACAGAGUUGGCUCUCUGCCCUGAGCCACCAUUCCGACGGCUCUGUCAGCCUUUCGGGGCACUUGCGGCCACCCCCAGUCACCGUUGACCAGCAUGGGGCACACUACGCCUGUCUAGUACACCAUCCCAGCCUGCCUGCCUUGGGCCGCAGAGCCGAGGUCACCCUGGAGGUGGCAGGCCUCUCCAGGCCCUCCCUUGAGGAUGGCGUAGGCCUUUUCCUGUCCUCCUUUCUCCUGCUUGGACUCAUCAAGAUGCUGGGCUGGGUCGCUGCCUACCUGUCCACUUACAAGGAUUCAAAGGAGAAGAAAGCACAGUGAAGGCACUCAGCACCAUCCUGUGGAAGCCACUGUCAUCUCUGGCUCCAGCUACUGCAGUAGCUCCCAAAACUAUAACGCCAUCAUUUGCUCCUACUCCCUCCACUGAGUGGCUUUUUUUAAAAGAGAAACAAAUCUUAUGGCAUUCGCCUUCUAGCUCUAGGGCAGUGGUUCUCAAAAAUUUUGGGUCUCGGGACCUCUUAAAAAUUAUCAAGAACUCUAAAGAGCUUUUGUUUAUGUGGGUUAUAACUAUUGAUAUUUAUCAUACUAGAACUCAAAACUGAGAAAAAAAUGAAACAAAGAAUACACAAGCAAACAUUCCAUUUGUUGUGACAACUAUGUGUCAAUACAUAUCAUGUAGCUUCUGGAAGGAUGAACUGUGUACACUCUUAGAGAAUAAUGAAAAAGGCAAAUAACACCUCAAUUUGGAUAUCAAAA